AUGAGUCAGUCUCGUGGACUGGACAGCUUGCCAGCUGAGCUUAUCGAUAUGAUUGUUGUCUAUGUUGACCCACCAUCGUUAGGGAAACUCGCUAGCACUUGUCGAAGGCUCAGCGAGAUAUUACGCCCGUCACUGUCCAAGGCUGCCAAGGGAUAUGCCCUGGCCAAUGGAAAGGAUUACUUUCGAUACCUUGAAAGAUACUCAGGAUCAUAUAUUCGCGAAUGCCCGUUCAUUUGUCGGUUCCGAAGGCUCACAUAUAGGAUCGAACUGCCACGUCAGCCACUCGCAGAUGCCAUUGAAGACGGUAAAAUCAACGCCGUCAAAGGAUUUCUCGAUGCAGGGGUCAGUCCGGAUUCCCACGAUGUGACUGGACUUAGCAUGUUAGGUCUCGCAAUUGGUUUCCGGCAUACCCAGAUUGUGGAGCUGUUGCUUGAAAGAGGCGCCAGAUUGGAGAUGUACUCAUUGCUGCCUCAACUCAAGAUGAUCUGUAUCAUACCCUACUGUAACCUCGAAUCGCUCAAACUUAUUGCGGAUAAGGUCGAUCUGGACCAUACAUGUCGCAACGGUGGAUCUGUGCUCCACCAAGCCGUACGGAAUGACAAUCCCAAUGUGCUGGAGUUUUUGGUGGAAAAAUAUGCUCACCUACUCUCCCUGCAGGACUUUGAAGGUGAGACGGCCCUUUUUCGAGUUACUCAACUCUGGGAGGACCAUGAUCGUCAGGCUGCUAUUGUUCGUAUCUUGGUUGAGGCCGGUAUUGAUAUAAACGUCAGAAAUAGACGGAAUGAGACUGCCUUCCACAAUGCCUGCUCUCAUGGUUCCUACGAGGUUGUUCGGUUUCUUCUAGAGCGCGGAAUCCAGACGAACAUACCAGGAGAAGGUGGGAUGACCGAGCUACACUACGCAGCCCGAGACAAUUCCCCAGAAGUUGUGAAGCUUCUACUUUCUCAUGACACAUUCAAUGUCCACGUAUCCACAAAUAAUGGCAAGACGCCGCUGCAUAUGGCAGCAAGCCGCUUGACACCCGAUACCUUUGCAGUGCUGCUUGAGAACGGGGCAAUCUUACACCUUAGAGACGCCAAUGGCCAAACACCUGUGGACAUAGUCAAGAAAAUAGGUCGUUGGAACAUUGAGAGAUACCUUCAGUAUGAAGACGAUGUUUGA